GUGGAUGAGAAGUGAGAUGGCAACAGAUCCAAUGUGAAUGGGUGACCGAUGGUCGGUAUGGACUAGGUGGGCUGCAGGGGCUGGUUGGCAUGCUGUAACUCUAAACUAUUUGGACAAACAAUUAUAUUUGCCUGCAGUUUGCAUUAACUUCGUGUUCCCAACCACAGUAUUGUGGUUUUGUGGAUGAAUGCUGGUUGCCCUCUUUGUCAUUAGCCACACGUCUUGCAUUAUGCUACUGCCAUCAGUAAUUAAAUGCUGCUGCACUCUGCGGCAGGAAUUCUUGGGAUUAGCAAUCCUUGCCAGUAGCAUUCACUGACAUUCGCUCACUCAGCCAGGCAGUAAAUGGGAGCAGGAGCUGAGGACAGUGUGGACCGGAUUAACCAGGAGCCAUGCUGAGAAUGAAAGUGAUCUUCAUUGGUCGGGUUGAUGUGGAAAGGAGCAAGAAGGGUCUGUAUGUCCGUGUGUGUGUCUGGCCAUGUGUGUGCAUCUGUCUGUGUGUCUGUCCGUGUGUGUGCAUCUGUCUGUGUCUGUCUGUCUGUCUCUGUCUGUCUGUCCUGGAUAGGGCUCUUGAAGAUAGCGGAGUCAGGGGAUAUGGGGAGAAGGCAGGAACUGGGUACUGAAUGUGGAUGAUCAGCCAUGAUCACAUUGAAUGGCGGUGCUGGCGUGAAGGGCCGAAUGGCCUACUCGUGCACCUAUUGUCUACUGUCUAUUAUUAUGGAAUGGGGAGGAGAGGGAAAACUAUUCCAUUGUUUACUGACUCCCUUGACACUCUUAAAAGUUAUUUUUAAUGCUAACCUUGUCUUUUGUCCUUCACAUCUUCAACUAUGCAGUAAUAGAUGAUUUAAAGCCUCCAUUUAUAUUUUUUGUGUAGGUUGAAUCCAGAAUGAUGUCUUUACUUGGUGAACCAUUCCAGAAGUAAGCUUCACCUGCACCGGACGUCAGGAUGUCUCAGCCCACAAGCAGUAAGGAGCAUUGGAGACCCUGGGAGUUUUCCGGGAUCAGCCGACAGGAGUUGGCCCUGGCGGAAGCUCUUCAGAUGGAGUACGACGCUCUGUCAAGACUUCGGCAGGGCAGCACCACAGCAAGGGAUGACGGCAAGCAAAAGCCCAAACACAUCAACAGCCUGCAGCUGAUUUCCUUUGAAGAGCCUUUGUUGGAAUACAGCCAAAUGGGAAAUGACUGCAAUGUCAUUAAAGGAUCGCACGGCCUGUCGGGGUCGGACCCUAGUCUGAAUUAUAGCAAAGGUUGCCCGUUGCCAAAUGAAGGCAUCGCUUGUUCUUCUACCUCAGUACCCGGGCCGCCAGAUCAAUGCCAAGAGGGUGUGUCUCCUGAGACCACUGCCACAACCACCACCAACUCCUCCAACAGUGACUCGACUCACCAACCCGUGGGUACAAACCUCCUCACCAGCGAGGGUACAACUUGCCAGCAAGGAGAUUGUUCCAUCAAUGAGCAUGUUCCACCAGUCCCACCACGGGCUCCUCUUGGCCCAGGUCGAAAUGCCACCGUAACGGAUAAUUGGCACAAGGGGUUACCCAGUGAGGGCAUUGAGAAAUUGAACGCGCCAAAUGAUAUCAAUCUCUUCUCUCCCACCAGCGACGAUUCAAAUGGGAAAAUAGUUGAACCUCCAACGAUUUACACUGGCCAAAAGUUUCCCGAUGAUGAUUUUGGAUUGAUUGACUACGACGACUUGAAUGACGCCAUAACAAAACUGAAUUUAAUGUCCACCUAUGGGGAGGGUUCAAAACUUAUACAAGUCGGGAGCAUUAGCCCUAAUUCUGCCUUUAAAGGAAAAGACAGAAAGGGGGAGAAGUCGGGAAAGCCUGUCAGUAGAAGUAAGACUCUUCCACCUCAGGUCCCUCCAAGGACCUAUGUGUCCAGAUGUGGGAACCAAAACAACACUGUUCACCAGGCCAAAAACCGAAGAGUCUCCGUCAAUCCGAGCUCCCUUUACGAUCCCUACGAGUCGGAAAAUUACGAGCUACUAGAAGUCUCGGAAGAGAGGAAUGAAGAGGUCGCAGCAUUCUGUCACAUGCUGGAUGUGCUUCGAGGUGGCUACACGUGUGAAAGCGGGGAUAACGUGGGAUUAAUCUGGAGCCCAGUUGUCAUCCGGAAUGACCAACAUGGAGAUGGCAUCAGUGUGAAGGUUACUGUGUCUGCGGGCAGUCUUUCAGAGCCUCUAACGUUCACGUGUGAUGGGGGCUCCACGGUGGACCUGAUCAUCUAUCAAACUCUCUGUUAUAUUUAUGACAAUCUCGCAACCAUCAACGUUGACAAUUUUAUCUUGAAGAUCUGCGGACUGGAAGAAUUUUUACUAAACAAACACACAAUCGGGAGUCACAAGUACGUCCAAUUUUGCCGCAAGUUCGAUGUGGACAUUAAGCUUUCCUUGAUGGAGCUGAAGGCAGUCAGCAAGGACCUCAUACGCAUUGCCAGUGAUGACAAAAGUCCAUCAACUCUUAAUCACUACAUCCACCUACAAGAAAGACCCUUAAAGCAGACCAUAACCAGGCAAGCUCUGACUCUUCUCUUCAACACCUACCAGAAUGAGUUGGAUAGUUUUCUGCUGGCAGAGGCUGAACAUUCACAGCAAGCCGAAAGGGUGGUGCAGUCCGUGAUGGCAAUUUGCAAUGCACUGGCCUCGAUUGAAACACAAGAGAUAACCAAUGCUUUGAACCAGUUGCCGCCCUGCCCCUCCCGACUGCAUCCCAGGACACAGAAGGAUCCUUGCAUGUUGGCAAGAAAAGAGACGCGAGCUUCCAUCGGGGAAGCAUUAACCGCAGCCAUCUUGGACCUGGUGGAACUCUACUGCAACAGCUUCAACGCUGACUUCCACACGGCGACUCCCAGCCGCAAGGAUAACCAAACGCAGAGUGCUCGCCUCAUCGAUAGCCCUCUUACUUUCACCAUCUACGCAGCCCACAGGAUUCCCAUCACGUGGGCAGCGAGUUAUGAAGACUUUUAUCUGUCGUGCGGCCUCACCCACGGGGGGAAGGAGCUUUGCAGUCAACUCCAGACAAAGAAAACUCACACCUACAAGAACCUCUUCCAUCUCCUCAUCUGGGAUCAGAACAUCCGCUUCCCCAUCAAUAUCAACCAGCUCCCAAGGGAGACGCUCCUGACGUUGACCCUCUUCGCCUUUCCCGUUCCUCCUCCUGGGAGCUCGUCGGAAGCCAGCAAGCAGCGGCGGACGCCCGACACCAUGGGAUGGGUGACCAUGCCACUCUUCAACUUCAGGCAUGUGCUGGCAUGUGGCAGAAAGCUGCUUGGACUGUGGCCAUCGUGCCAUCGAACCAGUCUCACCACUCCGACCGACUGCAAUUUCAUUCAACCAGACAGUGUCAUCAUUCAGAUCGAUUACCCGACCUCGGCGUUUGACGUCAAGUUCGUGACACCACCUCCGGCCGAAUUCAGCCCCAAAUACGAGUUCAGCAGCCUGGAUAAUACAUCGAGGAAGCACCUGAUGAAAGUGAUGCAGAAGAAGUCGCUCUUCUGGCUGACUGAAUCAGACAAGAAGUUGUUGUGGGAGAAGAGAUACUACUGCCAUUCGGAAUGCAGCUGCCUGCCGAUGGUGCUCGCCAGCGCCCCCAGCUGGGAGUGGACGUCCCUGCCCGACAUCUACACCUUGGUCAAACAAUGGAACUGCCUUGGUCACCUUGACGCAUUAGGGUUGCUCCAUGCUGUGUUUCCUGAUCAGGAGCUUCGUCGCACAGCAGUACAGUGGAUGGACGCCAUGUCCACGUCUGAACUCGUGGAUUGUCUUCCUCAGUUAGUACAAGCCCUGAAGUUUGAGUGUUACCUGGACAGCCACCUGGUGCGAUUCCUGCUGCGGAGAGCCAUCUGUGACGUGAAGAUCGCUCAUUGCCUCUACUGGUUGCUGAAGAACGCGUUAAACGACUCCCACUUCAGUGCCCGAUACCAGCAUCUGCUCGGGGCCUUGCUGUGCUGUGUGGGGAAGGGCAUGCGGGAGGAGUUUGACAAGCAGACCAAAUUAGUUCAACUCCUCACCAAAAUAGCGCAGAAGGUCCGAGACACCGCCCUGUCCGCUCGCCAGACUGUUCUACGUGAAAACAUGGAUGUAGUGCAACAAUUCUUCAGCUUUCAGAAUCACUGUCGAUUGCCUCUCAACCCCAGUCUCGUAGCCAAAGGAGUAAAUCUAAGGGCUUGUUCGUUCUUCAAUUCCAAUGCUGUGCCUCUGAAGAUUGCUUUCAUCAAUGUAGACCCUUUGGGGGAUAACCUUAAUGUCAUUUUUAAGAUCGGUGAUGACUUGCGCCAGGACAUGUUGACACUUCAGAUGAUCCACAUCAUGAACAAGAUCUGGAUUCAGGAAGGCUUGGACAUGCGCAUGAUCUUCUUCAAGUGCACGUCGACAGGAUGGGGACGAGGGAUGGUGGAGUUGAUACCACACGCUGAGACCUUGCGGAAGAUCCAGGUGGAGCACGGGGUGACGGGAUCUUUCAAGGACCACCCACUGGCAGAGUGGUUACAGAAACACAACCCAAACGAAGAAGAGUAUGAAAAGGCUGUGGAGAAUUUCAUCUACUCCUGUGCAGGUUGCUGUGUGGCCACCUAUGUUCUGGGUAUAUGUGACCGACAUAAUGACAAUAUUAUGCUGAAGACCAGCGGCCACAUGUUCCACAUUGACUUCGGCAAAUUUCUUGGCCACGCUCAGAUGCUGGGCAACUUCAAGAGAGACAGAGCUCCUUUUGUCUUCACGUCGGACAUGGCCUACGUCAUUAACGGUGGCGACAAGCCUUCCAGCCGGUUCCAUGACUUUGUCGACCUUUGCUGCCAGGCGUACAACCUCAUCCGCAAGCACACCGACCUGUUCCUCAACCUCCUGGGUCUGAUGCUUUCCUCUGGAAUUCCGGAGUUGUCCGAUAUCCAGGACCUGAAAUAUGUCUACGACACUCUACGUCCGCAGGAGUCUGAAGCUGAUGCCACUACCUACUUCACACGGUUAAUUGAGUCGAGUCUGGGCAGUGUGGCAACCAAGCUCAACUUCUUCCUGCACAACCUGGCUCAGAUGAAGUUCGCAGGGACUGACGACCACCCGACCCUCUCCUACGCUCCCAAAACCUUCACCGUGAAGACAGACGGCAAAAUCAAGGAGGUGUUCGUGUGUCAACAUCAAAAGAUAUUUAACCCCACGAAAGGAUAUGCUUACGUUGUGAAAGUGGAGCGAGAUGGUCCACAUGACACUUCAUUCAUACUGAGAUCCUUUGAAGAAUUUUACGAGCUUCACAAUAAACUCCGCCUCAUUUUCCCAUCGACAAAUCUGCCAAGUUUCCCGAGCAGGUUUGUGCUCGGCCGAGGUGCGGUGACAGCAGACAGGCGCAAGGAGGAAUUGGACGGAUACAUCUGGCACCUGAUCCACUCUCCCCCUGAAGUAGCCGAGAGUGAUCUGGUGUACACCUUCUUCCACCCGCUCCCGAGGGAUGACAAGUCCAUAAUUGGAAGCACGUUGCCAAAGCCAACAGAUGGGCCCCAAUCACCGCCUCUGGGCAAGGUCGGUGGAGAGGUGAAGCUGUCCAUCUCAUACAAGAAUGAUAAGCUUUUUAUCAUGGUCAUGCACAUUCGAGGCUUGAUUUUACAGGAUGGGACUGAUCCAGAUCCUUAUGUCAAAACCUACUUGCUGCCCGAUCCACAGAAAACAAGCAAGCGGAAGACCAAAAUGGCACGAAAGACAUGUAACCCAACGUACAAUGAAAUGUUGGUGUACGACGGCAUCCCCAAGGGCGACGUGCAGCAGCGGAUUAUCCACUUGCGCGUUCUGAGCGAGGAAGCUUUCCGGGAGAACAUCAUGCUCGGGGAGGUGCACAUUAACCUCAAGGACUUUGAUCUCAACGAGAAAGUCGUUGGUUGGUAUCACCUGGGAUCCACCCAUCCUCAGUGCACUUCGAUCUGAGUAUUCGAAGACUUUGCUCAUGUUCCCCGGUUGGAUUGUGCCAAGGUUGGGGCUGGU